UCAUCUUCAACUUUUGCAUUAAAGUCCACCCUCACCUCCUUUCACACCCAAGCCAGCAGGCAGGGCUGCCAUCCAUCUCUGCCCUUUUUUAUGCCACUGCCACCUCUCCAACCCCUCCUCCCCUCUCCUUUCCAUCUCAUCUCUCUCUAAAAAGAUCCAGAUCCAAUUGGGAGGGUUUUUUCAUGCCAAACUCUCACUAGCUCUCCUAGUCUUGAGGUUAUUUAAGCAGGCAGCAGGUACAUAUGGCUCCACUUCAAGGCUUCCCAGCCAGUUGCAGAGGUUUCUUAAUUAAGGUACUACCAGUACUUCUCCUUCUCUUAGUCUCAUCAUUCCUUGCUCAGGUCCAUUCCCAUAGCAAUGAUGAAUUCACUAGCAGUAGUGAUAGACAUCUUAGUCCUACAAGAAGAAAAUUGUUGGAGGUUGAUGAGGAUGAAGAUCAACCCCCUGUCAAGAUCAAGAAAACUAGUAGCACCCUCACACUCUCCUCCUCCAAAAACAAGACCAAACUCCUUAAACCAACUUCAUCUAGUACUAGUACCACUUCCAAGAACAACCAAACCAAUAAGGUUCUUAAGACAGGGUCUGGAUUUGGCUCAACCAAGAAUCAAACCAAAGUCAAGCUUUCCUCAAUCCUGAGUUCCUCCAAGAACAAGACUAAGCUUCUCAAGACAGUCUCAGAAUCAGCUAAGCUGGAUAAAAUUCCCAUCAGCAAGAACCAGACCAAGAAGCUGAUAGAUAAAAUUCCUGUCGGCAAGAACCAGACUAAGAAGAUAAUGGAUAAAACUCCCCUCGGCAAGAUUCAGAUCAAGAAGCUGAAUUCAACUUCAUUGAAAACCUCAAACUCAACAAAAACCACCAAGAAGUCCUCAGAUCUGGCCAAGCUUAACUCAUCCUCUUCCUCCAAGAACAAAACCAGUUCAACCAAAGAGGCCAAAUCCAAUCAGUUAGAAAAACCAAAUCCCAAAUCAAAGCCCCAAACGAGCACCAAACCGACUGAAACCUCAAAGUCCGCCAAACCGGAAUCCGCGAAGAAGAUCUCAACCUCCAGCGAGAAGCCAUUCGGGAUCGACGACGAACAGGAUGACUUGAUCUCGGACUUCAGAGACAUGCCAUCGAAAUUCCAGCAAACGCUCCUCCCAGAUUUGGAGCGGAUCUCCAAAACCUCCAAAGUCUACAUCAACAAAGCGAACAGAGAAAUCACGAACAACUUCAAACCCUACGUGGGGAACAAGUACGCAUCCACCGCCGCCGCAUUCAUCUCCUUCGCAUUCAUCGUCAUUCCUCUGAUCCUCGUUUCUCUCGUAUUCAACCGCUUCAAAGCCUACUUCUCCCUGCAAAAGCUACUGAUCUUCGUCCAGAUCUACCUCUCCAUAUACUUCUCCAUACUCUGCCUCUCCUCACUGGUCACUGGGCUGGAGCCGCUCAAGUUCUUCUACGCUACAUCGCAGUCCACCUACAUUUGCAUACAGCUCCUCCAGACGCUCGCUUACGUGUUGUACCUCCUGAUGCUGCUGAUGUACCUUGUACUAGUCUUCUCAACUGAGACCGGGCCGUCCUCGAAGAUGAUCGGGUUGGGCCAGACGGUCGUGGGCUUCGCCGUUGGGCUGCAUUACUAUAUGGCCGUGUUCCAUCGGGCCGUGUUGCGGCAACCGCCCAAAACGAGCUGGAGGGUCCACGCGAUUUACGCCACGUGUUUUCUGGCGAUUUGUCUGUUGACUCAGGCUGAAAGGAAGAAGAAGGCUUAUUUAGAAGAGGGCGGAGAGGAGGGGAAGAAGAGCUGAUUUUUGUGACAUUCUUUUUCUUUCCGUUAUGGGCAAAAAGGGAAAUGUACGUUCAAUUCCUUUUAUAUUUAUCUUUUACACAAAUGUAAUUUAUUUUAUAAUCAUUGCUCCACAUAUGGAGUAUUAUAUCUUUCAUGUUAUAAAUCAAUGCAUAAAUGGUGCAAAAGCAUCUGGAGUUUAGACCAAUUGCUAAAAGAGCCACAAACUUUAAGGAGUAAUGUUUUUCACAUUGUUUUACCUUGCAUGUAUCUUUCAAUGUAAGGAGUUAAGAGAAGUAUACAUAUACUAGGGGGGAUCUAUGAAUAUGCGG